AUGGGGUACACCCCAUCGUACCGCAGAGCUGUAACUUCGUUCAAACUGGUCGAAUCUGGGACGCCUUGGUAUGGUUCGAUGCAUCUCGACGAUCUGAAUCGAAUCAUAUCAGAGUGUCCCGGAUUUGAGCAUUUUGAACGAAGUUAUAGUUUUGCGGUACGUUGGCCUACUCCCGAAAAAUGUAAUGGGAAAGUUAAAUUUAUAUGUAACUAA